GCGCGCGGACGCCUUCCUUGUUAUUGUCUGACGGCGCCGGGACGUGUGUAAGAGCAUCGCCGUCGUAUCCGAUACAAUUUAAUUAGAUGACUGCUUGAUGACCCGAGUACGCUUCAUCCAAGCGAAAUUUAACAAUAAAUAUUAAAUUUGUGUACGAGGAAUCCGCUAACCGAAUUUUAAUCGGCGACAGAUGUGACUGUGAAUAUAACGCGAAAUGUUGGCGUCAGUUACCGGAAAGGGUGUUUGCCUUUGUACGAUUCUUUGGAUUCUUGACACUAAAGGUGUCUUCAGCUUGAAAAAUGUGACUCUUUCGAUUGAGCCAAGCGUGGUACAAUAUCGAAACACAUCUAAACUACGUUGUACAUACGACCUUGAAGGGGAUGCGUUGUAUACUGUUAAAUGGUAUAGAGGAAGUCUCGAAUUUUAUAGAUACACACCGUCGGAAAAGGAGAGGGAUAAAAGGAAACAAGCAUUUCCUUUUAAGGGAGUCACUAUAGACGUAGAUCGUUCUGAUUCCACGCAAGUGACGCUCAACGACAUCGACUUCGUCGUUUCCGGCGAAUUCUGCUGCGAAGUUACGACCGAGGAUUCGCACAUUCACGCGUUGAACAACUGCAAAUCGAUGGUAGUCGUGCAAUUGCCCGAGCAUCCACCAGAAAUAAGCGUAAGGGGAGAGCCCUUCGAUUACGGCGAUAUUUUACGAGCCAACUGUUCGUCGUAUCGGUCCAGACCUCCGGCCGACUUAACUUUGAUACUAAAUGGAAUUACGGUUAAUCAAACUGAGCCUUUGGCGCUGAGGAAGCUCCGCCCAACCGAUUAUAGCGACCUGCAACUGGAGCUGAAGCUAUCGGACCUGCAUUUUCAAGAAGGCCAAUUAAACCUGCAAUGCGUGGCUCAAGUAUCCUCAGUGUACCACGAAACAGUCGGGUUGGAAUUACAAAGUGUCAGGCACCCUGUGCCAGAGAAAGUGAGUGCUCCGAACACGGCUAGCGCGGCUUCCACAGCAAGCAGUCAGACAAUACCGCUGCGACUAUUUUGUUUUACGAUGCUUUGUUUUAAUGCAGAGUCUGUUAUUAAAAUUUUAAUAAAGACAAUCCCCGCUUCAUGCGUCACAUAUUAUACGGUAGUGGCCACGCCCGUUUGUGACUACACAGACAUUCGUAUAAAUUCCCUAGACAAAUUUUACGCUCUAAUCGUUGUUAUCAAUCUGAUUAAUAUCAAAAUGCCCCACAACGACAACCCCAAAUGA